AAAAAUUAGGAUAAAAAAUCAAAUUCAAGGCGUGCCAUUUUAAAUUCUUGUCAGUGUCAUGUUUUUUUUACUCCCAUUUUGUUUAUUUUUUACAGCCGGUGCUGUUUUAUACCAAUGCCCGAACUACAAAGCUUUAAGUAAAGCCGACAGUAGCGACAAGAACGCACAAGACGAUGGAAGCCUCAAGUGCAAUUUUUUAAUGACGAAUCCGAAAAAAGUGAUCAAUCCGUAUAAAAACGACAUUCAGAAUUAUGUGCAAUCGAAACCAUUUGGCUCAAUUUGCUUGAAAUGCAGCAUGUGUCUCGCGGUUGCGAAAGAGUUUGAUGACAUUUUCAAAGAAUUGUCCACCGCAAACGAAGGCAAAAAACAAGCAGGAAUCGUGGACGAAAUAACAAAAAGUAUCGACUCGCUGUGUUCGAACGGAUUUGAGAAUUACGACUUGAGGAAGUUCAAACAGUAUCAAAUAGUGACUGAUGACUUUUCAUGCAGUACUCAUGUUCAUUCGAAAAUGGACGGGAGAUGGACCGAAAAACUCAGAGAAAUUUGCCAGAAUUAUUCAAACUACAUGGACGUGCAAUACCUGCUAAAUGAUUAUUUAAAGGGAGUCGAGGACAUUGCGAAAUAUUUGUGCAGCAACAAUGGUAUUUUCCGGGACUGUUCGAGCCUCAACUUCCAAAACACGUCCAUAAAUCCGGAACAAAAAAACGGUGCCGUUUUGUGCAAAUAAAACCCGGGCAUGAGGUUUAAAAUUCUUUAUUGAGAUACACAAAAUAAUUUAAAUAAACUCAUAAAUAAAAACAUUAAUAAAUUAA